AUGUCACAUCCACCUAUAGAAAAUCAACGACCAGAACUAAUUGCAAAAAAGUUGAGUCAUCGUUCUGGCGAGGGUACAUAAAUAUAGCAAAAAAUCUCAUUCAAUCAUUUAUUGGACAAAGUUCCGCUGUUUAAGUCGUCGUGAAGUCAUGCAUCUGUGAAAAAUUCUGUUGUAAAGUUAAAAUCAUGACGCUGCGUACUCGCACCAAAUGUCAGGGGGCAAAAUUCUCUUUGGUUUAUUUUGAAGUAGACGAAACUUAUUCAAUAGUGGAAACGCGCAAGCUUCAGAUGACUAUGCCUGGAGCUCUCAAAGAACAAGGAAGGAAACUUAAGGUUAAGAGCGGCCGAUAUACGUCUUUGAGGCAGAGAUUGUGGAACUAAAUGGUAAGUAUACUCUACGCAAUGUUAUAGAUGGUGAUAAAAACCUCAGAGAUUAUGCCCAGGCAAAUGAAUAUAAUUUCAAACGCCUGGUGAUAAUCUCGCAGGUUCAGAAAUGGUAGCCUAAGCACAUGCGUGAAUGGAAUUAAUAGCACAAUAUAUUAUAUAUUGAUAUUAUUUAAUGUUGCUUAUCGUAGAUGAUAAAGAGCGUUUGGAAGAAACGCUACAAGUAAUUGAAUGUGAAGAAACUUUCGAAUUCGACAAAGAUCCCUUUCCUGCGCCACAGCCGAUCCCAGUAAAUGAAAAGCCAAGCGAAGCUACAGCUGAUGAAACGGCAAGCGAAGCUACAGCUGAUGAAACGCCAAGCGAAGCUACAGCUGAUGAAACGCCAAGCGAAGCUACAGCUGAUAAAACGCUAAGCGAAGCUACAUAA